AUGUCUCAACAACCUAAUGCUUCCUUUCCAAAGAAAGUGUCUCUCUUCUCUGAUUAUGUAACACCUAAUGAGUCAACUAACCCUAAAUGGGUUCUCCAUGUAUCUCCUCUAAGGAUGAUUAGUGCUGAUGAUUUAAAGACUACAAAGUCAAAAAUGUCGCAUGCAAGUAAACCUAAGGAGGGUGUUCGUACUAAGGUCUCCAAUCCCUCAUCAUCUAACCCCCGUGAGGAACUUACUAAAAAAGGAACAAGAUAUGUUCAUAACUCCAUCGUCAAGAUUGUCAACCAAUAUGCUGAUAAUACCAAUGUCACUGAGGAUGUCAAUGUCAUCCGAAAUUCUGAAGCUGAUGAUAGUCCAAGGGCAGAUGCUAGAACAGGUACAAAUGUUAUGGAUUUAGAUGAAUACUCUAACAAUGAUUUGGUUGCUACUGUGAACCCCAAUGUAGCCAAAAGGCUCAUGAAUAGGAGAAAAGGCAAAGCUGUGAUUCAGAAUUCUCCUAUAAAGAAGGCUGAUGUUAAAAACCCUUCCAAAGACUCGGUUAAGAAGAAAAGUACCUUUGUAGGACCUAUAAAGAGAAGAGUUGUGGCUAAAAGUGUUGGUGUUGGUCCCUCAAAAUCUUGGAACAAGGUUGUUCCAAAGAAGAGGAAGGAAAGAGCUAUUGAAGAAUCCGAGUCUGAUGUUGAAGUGAAUGUCCAUGACACUCCAUUAAAAAAGAAACCCACAACUAGCAAGCUUGCUGCCACUGUGUCUAAAGUUCCCAUUAACAAUGUAUCCUUUCACUUUGCUGCAAGUGCAAACAGGUGGAAAUUUGGGUACCAAAAGAGACUGGCCCUUGAGAGGGAAUUGGCUCAAAAUGCUCGUGAUUGUAAGGACAUAAUGGACUUGAUUCAAGCUGCUGGCCUAAUAAAAUUGUUGUCCAUCUGA